CGUCGUGUGACAAGUGAAAAGAUUUGAAAAAAAAAGAGUGCGAUCCUUGAUAAAAUGGCCACCGGAUACGACGAUUGUUACGACUCCUCGUGGCACCUCAUACCUCCCGAUUACAACGAAGACGAUUACAGAUUAUUCGAAAGCAUGAAGAUGCCAACGAAAACUUCGGGUUUCGGUAUAAACGACAUAUUGGAAUUGAACGAAGCGAAAACGAGUGCAGCUGCGGCGGCUGCAGCCGCCGCAGCGGCCGCGGUCGCAGCGGCAGCGGCAGCGAAUACGGACGAGCACGUUCAAGAAGGACCGACGACGGCUCUGCCGACGGUUAGCGAUGUGACGCCCUCGACGUAUCAGCAAUUAUUGGAGCACACCGCAUCGGCGAUACUGCAACCCACGUUACACGCGAAUCUAGGGAGAGGAGUGCUGGGUCCACUGCCACCUCCACAGCCACCGGGGUUGUUGGGUUGGCCGACGGGACCGACGCUGGCGUCGUCGCUGCAGCCUCAGCCAUUGGACGAAAUUAAUGUGAAUCAACCGCAGCCGGAUUCGACGAGUCCAACAAUAUCGGAUCUCUCGUUCCCGUCGUCGCAGCAAGACGCGUGCAGUCACGAUCAGCAGUCCUGCAAGGAAAUGGAGGCUGAUGAGCACGAGUAUGAGGAGGAGAGGGGCGAGAACGGCGGGGAGGACGAGGGCUCGGAUAUGAAUCGUCAGGAGGGCAUGAACGGCGGGGGUGAGCAUUGCAAAAAGCGGAAGCGACGGGUGCUCUUUUCGAAAGCGCAAACGUACGAGCUCGAGAGACGCUUCCGUCAGCAGCGAUACUUGAGCGCACCGGAGCGCGAACACCUCGCCUCGAUAAUACGUCUGACCCCGACCCAGGUGAAAAUAUGGUUCCAGAAUCACCGCUACAAGACCAAAAGGGCCGCGAGUGAGCGCGUUGAAAUUGGCGUCGUCGGUGGGAUGCCGGCAAGUGCUACGAUCGGCGGCAGCAACGCCGGACCGGGAAGCGGUUGUUCGCCGCGUCGCGUAGCCGUCCCCGUUCUCGUGAGGGACGGCAAACCUUGCCAAUCGAAACUGGUCGAAUCGAGCGGCCCGUAUCCACCCAGUGGCCAAAUUCCUAUGGCGCCGCAUGGCUACAAACCGUAUUGGUGGUGAAUCCGCGCUUCCUCGAGCGAGGAAUCAAACGAGGCUCCUACAUUUCCAGCUCGAUUCACCGAACGCUCCGAUUCCUGCGGCUCCGCCGGGAUACGAACCUUCUUCAGGGUGAAUAGGCGCUUCCUCGAACGACGGAUGACCGACGGCCCGACGUUUCGAGUUCGGCUCGUAGCGCAAGAUUUUUCUACUUGGAAUUAGAAAAAAUAUCAUCGUGUCAUCAUUUUUGUCGAGGAACGCCCAACGAGUGUUGUCCAUUCGCAGAGAACUUUACAGCCCCGUGAACGAGCCGCGUUCUCGCAAUCGAAACGCCCUUCGAGCUUCUUCGAGUCUCUUUUCGACGGUGCAACGGACACGGCCGAAGGUCGUAUCUCCGCCGAACCGAGACGCCUUUCUCAAGCAAGAAAGCUCCAAACCAAAGAAAACGAACCCGCGAGUGCAAAAGAAAACCUGAAAAUACUCCGGCGUUGGGAGUAACGUUAGAGCCAUUGACGACGAUGGACAGUUAUCGUCGACCUCACUCACCGCAUCGAACGAGUCGCGAUGGGCGAGUGAAUUUCCAAACCCGAUAUCAAUAGUAUCGAUAUAAAUUAAAUUUUAACAAUAUUCGAAACUUCCAUUAUAUACGAGCAAACGAAAUUCUACAUUCGACUUGUAUUCGGCGGACCAAAUCAUCGGAAUUUCGAUAUAAUGCCGGACAGUCACGCGAACUCGAAUUCGAGAGCAGAGUCAUCGAGAUGCAUUCAAAAAAUCAUACUUUCCACACACACACAUGAUUUUUCGUAAUGUCUAUUUUAUAUUGCAAAAAAGUACGGAUCGAUCGACGUGAAAUUGUGUCGUACACGAGGCCAUGUACAUUAUAUUAGGAUUGCGUAAGUCCGGUUUUCGUACUCGGCGCGUUGAUCGUUGCAAAUCUCAUAAUCAAUCGAUAUUUUAUAUCGGUCGUCGGUCCUCGCGGACGCGUUACAACGUUGACGUUCUCGUCCCGUCGGCCCUGACGUGUAUACCCGAUAAGAUAAACAUUUUUCCCUCUCGCUCUCUCUCUCUUUCUCCGUCUCGCGUUUUAUCCUUUUUCAUUACAAUACCAGUGGCACGUGUGCGGAAAAAAAAGUCAUUCGAACGAAGAUACCGAUUGCGAUUCGGAUAAAAGUAGCAUCACCGUUUUGUUCCACUCUACUUUGAUCGAGCUCCGCAAUACGAAGAUUGCGGCUCUGCGAGGAAAUUAUGCUAAAGUUAAUGAAACGGAAGAAAAUCAAAAGGGUCGCCGAAUUAUGAAAAAUUACGGACGAUUCCUGAAGAGAGAACGAGGCGGAGAGAAGGAAGAGAGAGAGAGAGAGAGAGGAAAAGGAAAAUAGAAGAAAUAUA